GGCGUGCUAGCCGCAGCCGCGGGCGCUCCGAGAGGUGAGCUCCGAGGCUCCCCGGCGGUGCGGCUCCGACUCGGGGGACUGGGCUGCGCCGCGACCGACCUCCUCCACCUCCUCCCCCGGCACGCGGGCCGGCGGGCCAUGCGCCGCGGACUUUGACUGGCCCCGGCGCGGCUCGGCCAUGGGCAGCUUCCAGCUGGAAGACUUCGCGGCGGGCUGGAUCGGAGGUGCAGCCAGUGUCAUCAUCGGCCACCCUCUAGACACAGUCAAGACUCGCCUGCAGGCCGGCGUCAACUAUGGGAACACCCUCAGCUGCAUCCGCACCGUGUACAGGAGGGAGAGUGUGUUUGGCUUCUUCAAGGGCAUGUCCUUUCCCCUCGCCAGCAUCGCUGUCUACAACUCCGUGGUGUUUGGGGUCUUCAGUAACACGCAGAGGUUCCUCAGCCAGCACCACUGCAGGGAGCCCGAGGCCAGCCGGUCCCGUACCCUGUCUGACCUUCUCCUGGCCAGCAUGGUGGCUGGCGUGGUCUCUGUCGGGCUGGGAGCGCCCGUGGACCUCAUCAAGAUCCGGCUGCAGAUGCAAACACAGCCAUUUCGGGAAGCCAACCUUGCUUUGAAACCCCGGGCAGUGGCUCUUGGGAAGCAGCCCGUCUACCAGGGGCCUGUGCAUUGUAUCGCAACCAUCGUGCGGACCGAGGGCCUGGCAGGGAUGUACCGGGGUGUUGGUGCCAUGCUGCUGAGGGAUGUCCCAGGCUACUGCCUCUACUUCAUCCCCUAUGUGUUCCUGAAUGACUGGAUCACACCUGAGGCCUGCACAGGCCCCAACCCGUGUGCCGUGUGGCUGGCCGGUGGCAUGGCAGGUGCAAUUUCUUGGGGGACAGCAACUCCUAUGGAUGUUGUGAAAAGUCGACUCCAAGCUGACGGUGUUUAUUUAAACAAAUACAAAGGUGUCCUGGAUUGUAUCUCCCAGAGUUACCAGAAGGAAGGUCUUAAAGUAUUUUUCAGAGGCAUCACGGUGAACGCUGUGCGUGGCUUCCCCAUGAGCGCUGCCAUGUUCCUUGGGUAUGAGCUCUCACUGCAGGCAAUCCGCGGGGACCACACGGUGACCAACCCCUGAGCACCAGCCAGCAUGAAAGCCCUGGGACAGCUGCAACUUUUUCUUCACUUCUCUAUUGCUGGUGCCUCACACAGAGCCUGACAGAGGUGGCCACUCAGAAACAUCAUUGAGAAGAUGGACAAUCAGUUUCCAAUAUCCCUUCAGCUCCUUCUUUUCCUCAGUUUCUCCUUCUCUAGCUCCAAACUGGGAACCUGGAGAGCUGAGAAGACAAAAUGGGACGAGUCACUGAUUUUUCUAGUCAACAGGAAACCAUUUUGCUUCAGCCUUGUUGACUGCAAAUUCUCUCCAGAAGGAUGGCCUUCAUCAAAAAGGUCUAGCAAACCUCUUGCUGCCUCCCCUGGGGCAGCGGAUGCCUACUAGCAUGUGUUGGUGGGGCCAGGCCCUAGAUCCAGGGGAAGAGCAUGAUGGAUCAAACCCACAAGACUGAGCCCAGGACAAGCCCUAGAACGUAAAUCAAAUGCUUGGGCUUUUUACUAAAGCACCCACAUUCACGGCUCUCCUGGCUUUUUGCCCUCUCUCAUAAAAGGAAAAGAGUAGUAACACAUUUUGCAUACUUAAACACCUUGAGUGAAGUGCUACUGUCUUUGGGUUUUGUCCGGGGCCAGGCAGAGGAAUGAUCUCUUUCUUAAAGCUGUGCUUAGAUAUUGGCCACUUCCCACCGUGAACAGAUGAAAGUGGCUUUCCAAAAAAAUCCUAUAAUAAAAGCAGUGCCUCUUUAUUAUAGAAAAAGAAAAUAUGAAUAAGCAGAAAGAACAAAAAAAUACCUAUUUUAUGCAAUAUAUUUUUUACUUGUUCUUCUCGUUUAAUAGGUCAGACCAUUUUUUCUUAUGUGAUUAAAUAUUCAGCAGCAAGGUGGCUUUAGUGCCAAGACCUUGCCAAACCCAGAGCAGCUGGAUGCUUGCUAACACUUGGUCACUUGUCACCACCCUGGUGAUGGGUACUUCAGGAGGAAGGAAGAAGUUUCUAACAAGCCAAAUUCUGAUCGUCCUGGAUUUGGCCUUUCAGAGCAGUGACCACCCCCUUUGGAAGCUUCCCUUUCUGAAAAUACUCUCACGGUACAAGAGGCACACAUGGGUGCCGGCUUUGCCUCUGCUGGAGUAGGAGAGGAGGCUGUGGCCCUCCAGUGGAAGGGGAAGGUUCCCAGUGACUUUUCUGGGCCUCAUCUUGAACAAGUUUCACCUAAAGAGUUACAACUUCCAAGGCUCUUUAUCAAGUCCUAGAUUUGAAUUUACCAAGUAGCUCUGAGUUCAUGGGCAGGUCAUGCUCUAGGAAGCAAUAGCAUCCAGUCUUUGAAGACAUGGAAACCAGUGCCUUCCUCCUAGUCUAGGCUGGGGGUGGAGUGAGACAUGGUGGAUAUUGGAGAACUGCAGAGCCCAACAGUCCCUGAGAAGUCGCAGGAAGGUGACUAUCUUGAGUCCCUGAGUAUAGGUGGUGGGAUGGCAUGGAAUUGUGUCCAGUGUCUGUGGGGAGCAGAGUCCAACCCUUGGCUUAUGCAGCCUCUUUCCAUCCAGCAGAGGCAGAGCUCUCUUUUAUCUCCCACCAGCUCCCAGGAAGGAAGAAUGCUUACUUUUCAUUCAUCCUCUCAGUUAUUUCUCCCACAAAGCCACACCUGUGAAUGACCCAAGGGCCAUGUGUAACAGUGAAUGUCGCAUGAGGUGGUUGUUUGGAAUGUGGAUAGUUUUAUCUGUUCACAGGGAGAUACCCGACUCAGACACCAUGAGAAAUAUGCCCCUUGUUGGUAGAAGUGGGGUCCCAACCCUGGUCAGCAGUCAGUUCUUCAGCCUGUUGGAAGCCCAUGAAUCCAGCAGAGCCAUCCCUACCCACAGGCCAGGAUCCACUGUCCCAGAAACUUGCUGGAAUAAUGCAGGUCUGCUUCUUGCUGUGACAUUCUUGCUCCAGACCUCAUUGAUCUGCUUUCAGUUCCUGGAAAAUCCAUUUUCAAGGAAUGAAGAUGCAUUCUUCCUAUAAUACCUUUGUUGGACAUUUACGAAUUGCCACGGACAACCUCAUGGCCCUUCACAUCUGUUCUCAGGGGUGAUACUCUGCCAACUGUUGCUUCACAGAAAUGAUUUUCUCAAUGAUUUGUUGACCCUUGGGUCUUGCUGACUGAUAAUCCCGGUUAGAUGAAAGCCUUAUUUUUCAUCCUUUUUCCCAAGGGCCAGUGUCACCUGGCCGGAUAUGUUGUGCCCUGACCACAGCCUCAUUUUGCUACAGGCUGUGCCGAGGUCAGCCACCUGUAGAGGCAAGUCUUGGGAGAGCCUCCCUGCCUGAGCAGCGGCACAUGCCAAAAAGGCACUUGGGAGGUGGUGGCGCUGAGCGUGCUGGGCCCGGCAUUCUUGCAGCUUUGUCUUCACGGGGAGAACAAAACACAAUAAAAUACUUUGCCCACA